CAUGAUUCGACAACUUGUGAAAAUUUUAUUACUUUGCGUUUGUCAUAUUAUGGCAUUAAAUCAGGACGAAUUGGUGGUGAGAAUUCUAGGUGGUAUUGAAGAGGCGAAAAGAUUAGCUGCAGAAACGGAAUAUGCAUUUAAAGGACCUGUGCUUGGAUUUAAAGAUACUUAUAUUUUUAUUCCAAUUGACAAUGUUUAUCGUAAUUAUUGCAAGAGAGGAAUGGAAUUACACAAAAGAUUAUCUCAAGAUAAUAGGGUACUGUGGGCGGACGUACAAACGAAAAAAGAAAGACAGAAAAGAGAUUUGUUUCACUAUUUUCUCGACAAUUCUGAUAAAAUUGUACACAAAAAGCCACUUUAUCCUAAAGGAAAACCGUUUAAUGAUGAAUUAUGGACACAAGAAUGGUAUUUGCAAGACACAAGAAGUAGACCGGAUUUACCAAAAUUAGAUUUAAACGUUCUUCCAUUAUACAAAAAUGGAAUUACAGGGAAAGGAAUAAGAAUCAGUAUUCUCGACGAUGGUAUAGAAUACACCCAUGAUGAUUUAAAAGCAAAUUAUGAUCCGGAAAUCAGUUAUGAUUGUAACGAAGAAGACAAUGAUCCUCUUCCUCGUUACGACCAUUCUCAAUUUAACAGUCAUGGUACUCGUUGUGCUGGUGAAGUUGCAAUGACUGCAGAUAAUGGAAAAUGUGGUGUUGGAAUAGCUUACAAUGCAAAAAUUGGAGGAGUGAAACUCUUGGAUGGAAUAGUCACUGAUCGAAUUGAAGGUUCAGCUCUCGGCUACGCAUAUCAUUUAGUUGAUAUUUAUAGUGCCUCGUGGGGUCCUAAUGACGAUGGUAAAACAGUUGACGGUCCUGGAAGACUUGCCGUCGAAGCUUUACGUCGAGGAGUCACCAAAGGACGAAAUGGAAAAGGAAAUAUUUUUGUUUGGGCUUCAGGAAAUGGUGGUAAUAAAGGGGAUAAUUGCAAUUGCGAUGGAUAUUUGGCUAGUCCUUAUACAAUUUCAAUUGGGAGUGCUUCCCAAAAAGGGGAAUUUCCAUGGUAUGGUGAAGAAUGUGCUUCGACUCUAGCUGUCACAUAUUCUUCUGGAGCGUACAAAGACCAAAUGAUUGCAACGACGGAUCUUUAUAAUGAGUGUACGAUUAAACACACGGGAACUUCUGCUUCAGCUCCUUUAGCCGCCGGAAUUAUAGCUUUAGCACUUGAAGUCAAUCCUGAUUUGACUUGGCGUGAUGUUCAGCAUUUGAUCGUGUGGACGUCUGAAGUCGCACCUCUUAUACAGAAUCCGGGGUGGCAAAAAAAUGCUGCCGGCUUUUAUUUUAACACAAGGUUUGGUUUUGGUUUAAUGAAUGCUUUCGGUUUAGUUAAGGCUGCUGUUAAUUGGACGAGUGUGCCUGAAAAACGGAUUUGUGCAGUUACUCCACCUGUUCGACUUAAUCAAACAAUCACAUAUGGGGAACCUACUGUUAUAAAAAUAUUUACGAAAGGUUGUCGCGGUAGUAAGAAUCGUGUUCGAUUUUUGGAGCAUGUGGAAUUACGAACGACUAUUGAAUAUCCGAUUCGGGGUGUUUUAGAAAUAUUUUUAACAUCUCCAUCAGGAAGUAAAGUUGAAAUUUUGGCAAAGAGAAAACUUGAUAAAUCGUCAAAUGGUUUCAAAAAUUGGAGCUUUAUGUCGGUGAUGACGUGGGGAGAAAGGGUUGAAGGAUUAUGGACUGUUAACAUUUCGGAUCAAGUUGGACCUGAAGGAAAUAAUGGAUUUGUUAAAGAAGCUGUGUUAAUUUUUCACGGAACUGAACAAAUUCCGAAUUAUAUGAGACAAGGAUCCCGAAAUUAUAAUCUUAAUUAUAAUAGAGUUUAUAAUACUGCAAAUAAGAUUUUUGGAUCUGGGGAAUCUUAUGACGACAUUUAUUGGAAUCUUGUAUAA